CUAGCAUACGCUGCUUUACCAAGUGUGCAUGGAGAAUUAGCUCCCUAUUCCUCCCUUUCUUAGCGAACAGCAGUCGCUCCAUAUGCUAGACAUAACAGGUAAAGAUGUACAGCGCCAUAUUUCUUUUCAUCGAUUAUCCACCAACGCACUGGGCGGAGAAAUCUCUGAAGCGAUGAAGGAACUCCUUAGCGAAUGCGUCUCACGCUUUUACAAAUGCUCCGUUUACCCUGACAAAGGCAUCCAAUGUGGAUAGUUCUCGCUUUGAUAAUGGACAGGAAGCCAAGAAGCCUUUCUCCAACGCUGAGAGAAAUGUCUCUGAAUCAA